GUUCACUUCUCAACCUAUAUAAAACCAAAACCUUUCUCAAUUUCACUCUCACUGUUGUUCAUUGCUCUUUUGCCUUCAAUCUUUUUGCUUCUCUCAACAAAGAAGUUCAAUCAAAGACAAAAAAUGGCAGCUACAUUGUAUAACCUUAAAUCUGAAUCUGGAUUGAAGAAGCUUAAUGAAUAUCUUCUCACUCGCAGUUAUAUCUCGGGAUACCAAGCUUCAAAAGAUGAUAUCACCGUUUACGCAGCUUUGCCAUCAGUUCCAUCAAGUGAAUAUGUGAAUGUGGCUAGAUGGUACAAGCACAUUGAUGCUUUGUUGAGAAUUUCUGGUGUUUCUGGUGAGGGAUCUGGUGUGACCGUGGAAUCUUCCCUCGUUGCUGAAGAGGCUGUUGCCACUCCUCCAGUUGCUGACACAAAGGCUGCCGAAGCCGAGGAUGACGAUGACGACGAUGUGGAUUUGUUUGGUGAAGAGACUGAGGAAGAGAAGAAGGCAGCCGAGGAACGGGCAGCAGCCGUGAAGGCAUCAGGCAAAAAGAAAGAAAGUGGGAAAUCAUCUGUAUUGUUGGAUGUGAAGCCAUGGGAUGAUGAAACUGACAUGAAGAAGCUUGAAGAAGCAGUGAGAUCUGUUAAAUUGGAAGGGUUGUUUUGGGGUGCAUCCAAACUUGUUCCUGUUGGGUACGGUAUCAAGAAACUGCAAAUUAUGCUUACUAUUGUGGAUGAUUUGGUUUCCGUUGACAACAUGGUUGAGGAUUAUCUUACUGUUGAGCCCAUCAAUGAGUAUGUCCAGAGUUGUGACAUUGUUGCCUUCAAUAAAAUAUAAUCUUAAAUUCAUCUUGACAUGGAGAUCAUGGUAGUCGAGAGAAAUUGCAGUUAUUAGAAAUGACAAUCAAGGGAUACUGCUAUCUUAAGCCGAGAUUUUUGUUUUAGGAAAACCUACUUUGUUGUGUUGUCAUUUGAUGAUGAUUUUUGUCUGUGAUUUCAUCACCAUUAUAUGGAUUGUUACAAUAAUUUAAGCUUUAAGAAUUUAACGUGUGGUCUGUUUUCUAAA